CUUCAUGUUUGGUCAGGAAUGUUCAUGUGUGUGUUGCAUUGAUAACGCGGGUGUGUGACAUGUGAGUGCACCGAUAUGGAGUAAACCUGUGCUGGGAAUGGAAACACGGCGAGGAAAGAAGAUUGACAUGGCGGACCCAGAGGUGUCAUCACAGAGUGGGGGCUACGAUGUGGAGCUGUUUGUGGACACUCCAGACUACGAUCUGAUCUGCACUAUAUGCCAGGGGGUCCUCAAGUGUCCAGUAAGAGCAGCGUGCCACCACAUCUUCUGCAAGAAAUGCAUUUUACAGUGGCUUAAGAGACAGGAGACCUGCCCCUGCUGCAGGAAGUCUGUAAACACAAGCCUUAUCUUUGUCAUGUUCAAGCUGAGCAAAUCUAUUGGCCGCAUGAAGAUCAAGUGUAAGAAUGAGAUCCGUGGUUGUGCAGAGACCUUCUCCCUCUCGGAGCAGUAUUGCCACAGCUUGAGCUGCCUCUACGAGCUCAUCCCCUGUCCCUACCAGGGCUGCCGGGCGCAGCUCCUCCGCAGGGACCUAGACACCCACGCACGCCACUGCGAACACUGGCGUCAGCCCUGCCACAUGGGCUGCGGGACCAUCCUCUCACACCGCACCCAGGCCCAACACAACUGCUACAAGCAACUGAGGCAGGAGCAUGAAAUCAGACAGAGGAACCACAAGGCCAUCGCCACCGCCCUGCAGAGGAAGAUGAGGAGGAUGCAGAGCACCAUGACCCACAUGAAGAGGCAGAUAGGGCUGAUCUGCGAGAGCCUGGAGGUGAUGGACGACCUGCACGAGGUAGAAGAGGAGGACCGUGGAGAGAGCAGUGGAAGCUCGAGCGGGACUCCAAGUAGCAACACCAGCAACUGCUGAGGGAGUCACUUACUACUGCUGCUGAUGGUUGUAAUUUCUGCAUGUGUUUAUUUAUUUGAAAGUGUGGGUGCGUUUUAAAAUAUGUAGGUGGUACAUGAUUAAAAAGAGUGAAUUUGUAAAAAAAAUGUGUGCUGUAGUUUCCUAUAUUUUGUUAAUAAAGUAUUUAAAAUGAA